AUGGAAGCAGCACCUGGUUCUUCCGCCGCUCUUCGCGGCCAGCUAGCAGACAUGGGAUUUAGGGAAGCGGAAAGCAUAGUGGGAAGUAGGUCGGGCACGGGGGGCGAAGGGCGGGAUCAGCAGUCAGCGAUGGUACUGGCGGCGGUGGCGGAGUCGAUAGAGAUGCUGCGCACGGCGGGCAGCGAUGCGGACGAGAAGGAGCGCGUCGCUAUGCAGCUCAGCCAGCUGGCGGAGACCAGCGUGGAUGCGCGCGCGGCCAUCGGCUACCACGCGCAGGCCAUUCCGCUGCUCGUGGGACUCGUGCGCUCGGGUACGUUGCCUGCGCGCACGCAUGCGGCGGCAACUUUGGGGGCGAUCUGCGACGAGCAGGAGCUGCGCGUGAAGGUGCUGCUGGGGGGUUGCAUUCCGCCCAUGCUGGCGCUGCUGCGCAACGGCCCCAAGGACUCGCAGAUGGUGGCGGCGGAGGCGCUCUUCGCCAUGUCCAAGGCGGGCUCCGGGCGCGAUGCCGUGGGGUCGCGCAUCUUCGCGUCGGAGGGCGUGGUGCCGGCGCUGCUGCAGCAGCUGCAGAAGCACGCGGGCAUCCACCCGGACGUGCUGGGGCUCGUCACGGGCGCCAUGCGCAACCUGUGCUACGCCGUGCCGGGAUUCUGGCGCACGGUGGAGGCGGCGGGCGGCGUGGAGAUCUUCACGAGCAUGCUCUCCAUGGGGCGCCCCGCCACGCAGGAGAACGCCGCCGCGCUGCUCACCAGCUUCCUCACCAGCCCCUACCUCGCGCACCCCAAUGCGGCCGCCGCCGCCGCGCAGCAGCAAGCCAAGGGCAAGACUCCAGCGGCAACAGUGGCGGCAGCAGCGGCGGCAGCGGCGGCGGCAGCCAUGGAGGGCGGAGAAGGGCUGGAGGAGGCGGCGAAGGCGGCGGCGAGAGUGGUGGAGGCUGGAGCCAUUCCGCCGCUCCUCGCGCUGCUGCAGCCGGGUAGGGAAGUGGCGGUCAGGACAGAGGCGGCUGGGGCGCUGCGCGCAAUCUCAGCAGUACAUGUGGCGGCUCGGGAGAAGAUUGCGGCGGCUGGGGGAGUGGGCAUGCUGAUCCGCGCGACGAUGGCGCCGUCGGCGGAGAUGAUGCAGACGGGGUACGCGCAGGUGCUGCAGGAGAACGCCAUGGGCGCGCUCGCCAACAUCGCGGGGCGGCAAGGCGGAGGUCGUCGCGUCGCUGGCGGCGGCCACUGUGUGGCGCGCGGGCUGAGCAACGCGGAGGGCAAGCGCAUGCUGGUGGGGCUCGUGACGCUGUCGCCCACCGACGCGCAGGCGGAGCUGGUGGAGGCGCUGUUCAACGUGUGCGUGCAGGGCGCCCGCUGUGGAGCGCGCUGCACGGGCGCGAGGGCGUGCUGCAGCUGGAUGGGGGCUGCUGGGGCUGUCGACGGAGGACCAGCAGGAGUGCGCGUGCGCGCUGCUCGCCAUCCUCUCGCACGAGGAGGACGAGAGCAAGUGGGCCAUCACACCGCCGCGGGGGGCAUUCCCCCGCUCGUCUCGCUGCUGGUGACAGGCACCGCCAAGGCCAAGGAGGACGCUGCGGAGUUGCUGGGUAACCUGUGUUCCUACAACGAGGAUAUUCGCGCGUGCGUGGAGACGGCGGACGCGGCCCCCGCGCUGCUGGCAAUCUGCUGGGCAGCGGGUCGGAGAGGGGUCAGGCGGCGGCAGCGCGCGCUCGAUCAUGCGCCUGGUAUCGGGGCGGCAGCAGCGGCGCGAGCAGCGCGAUCGGCAGCUGACGGGGCAUUCAUGGUGGCGGAGGUGCCGGAGUCCAAGGGUUGCACGUGCUGCGCGUGCUGGGCCAGCUGCUCGCCGACUCGCCCGACGGCCGCCCACGACGGCACCGCGGCAAACGAGGCGCUUCAGACGCUCGUCGCGCUCGUCGAGUCGGAGCGCGAGGAGACGCAGGAGAGCGCGGCGGCGGUUCUGGCGAAUCUGUUUGCGGGCGCGGGAGGAUUUGCGCGAGGGGCCGGUGGCGGCGGAGGCGAUUCCCCCCCUGGUGCGGCUGGUGGAGCGACGGCGGCGAGCCCGUGGCCAGAGCAGCAGCGCGCAGCCGUUGGCGGCGCUGUUCUGCUCCAUCGACAGCAACGAGGAGGCGGCGCACGCGGCGAGGGCGAGCAUCUUCCCGCUGGUGAAGCUGGCGCGCGCGCGCGAGGAUGGCGGUGGCGGAGGUGGCGACGACGGCGCUGGCGAACCUGCUGGCGAACCCCGAGCUGGCGCUCAUAUGCGCCCGCGGACGAGGUCGUGCUGCCGCUCAUCGCGCCUUGCUGGCGCGAGGGCACGCCGCACGGCAAGGAGCACGCGGCGGGCGCGCUGGCGCACACUGCUGCACUCGCGCGCGCUGGACGAGGAGCUGGCGGAGAGCAUCCGCCAGUGCAGCAACCGUGCUCGCGCUCGUCGCGCUGCUCGCCGUCGGCGCCAGCGAAGGACGCGUCCCAUGGCGGCGCUCGAGGCGCUGGCGGCGCUGGCGCGCGCCAAGGCGCACAACUAGGGGCGGGGCAGGCGCCGCUGGCGGGUGCUGUCGGAGGUGCCGUACUCGAUGGGUCCGCUGGUGGCGGUGCUGGCGGGGGGCACGGCGGGCAUGCAGGAGAAGGCGGUGGAGCGCAGCAGCAGUCGCGCGAGCAGCAGCAGGCGGAGGAGGGCGACGGGGAGGCAUCGGCGGAGGCGCUGGUGAGCAGCGUGGCGUUGUGGCUGCUCGCCGUCAUGGCGUCGCACGACCACCCCACGCGCGCGCGCUCGUCGCCGCCGCGGGCGCCGUCGACGUGCUGGUGGACCGCCUCUCCGCGCUGUCGGCGGACGGGGAGGAGGCGGACGACCUGGGGAUGGAUGGGGACGGGCGCGGAAGGGGGAGACAGCGGGGGGGCGUGGGUGUGCGCGUUGCUGCUGGCGGUGCUGUUCUGCAAUCGCGACGUCGUGCGCUCGCCCGUCGCGCUCGAGGGCCAUUCCGCCGCUCGCUUCGCUGCUCACCUCGCCCGACCCCGUCGCAGCGCUACUUUGCAUCGCAGGGCCGUCGCGUCGCUCGUGGCGAGCGGCAGUCGCGGCACGCUGCUCGCCAUCGCCAACAGCGGCGCCAUCCCGCUGCUGCUCGCGCUGCUGGGCCGCGCAGAGGCGGACGUGGCGCACCUGCGCGCGCUGGCGGACGACUUCGAGCUGGCGGGCAGCCCGGAGCAGGUGGCGCUGGAGAAGCUCUUCCGCUGCGACGACAUCCGCGCGGGCCGCCACGGCAGCGUGGUGGUGCCGCAGCUGAUCGCGCUGCUCACGCCCAAACGCCGACCAGCCCAGCGCGCCCGCCGUCGCCAUCGGCCUGCUCACGCAGCUCGCGGCCGGCAGCAGCGCGAACCGCGUCGCCAUGGCGGACUAACCGCAUCCUCGAGGCGCUCACCACGUACCUCACGCUCGCCCGCAGGAGGCGAUGGAGGCGGCGGCGGUGGAGCUGCUGCGGGUGCUCUUCCAGGCGGACGACCUGCGCGUGCACGCCGCCGCGCCCGCCGCCAUGGACCAGCUCGUCGCCGUGCUCCGCGUGGGCUCCCGCGCCGCGCGCCUGCCGGCAGCAUCGGCGCUGGAGGGCGCUGUUCGCCGUCGACGCGCACCGCGCCAGCGACGCGGCGCUGCACGCGCUGCACCCGCUCGUCGACAUGCUGGGACAGCGGGGCGGGCGCGGAGGCUGCUGGCGGGGCUGCUGGAGGCGGCACUGUGGAGGCGGAGCAGCGGGCGGCAGCGGCGGCGCUGUGCCAGCUGGCGCAGGGCAACGUGGGGCGCGUGCUGCAGGCGUGCGAGGAGGGCGGCAUCCCCCUCAUGGCAACCAUCCAGCGCCUGCUUGAGGCGCCCGACAAUCAGCCAGCUGGCGGAAGCGGCGGGUACGACAAGGCGGCGGCGGAGGUGAAGGCGACGGCGGUGGAGCUGCUGCAGACGCUCUUCUCCUUCCCUCGCGCUCGCUCGGGCCCCGUGGCCGCCGCGCUGAUCCCGCCGCUGGUGGUGCUGCUGCUGCAACCCGUCGCCGUCGCUGCAGUACAGUGCGGCGGGCGCCGUGGACGCGGUGAUGGACGACGAGCAGCAGGCCAACGUGGUGGCCUCAUGCAGCGCCGUGGCGCCGCUCGUGAGCCUGCUGGAGGGCGAGCGGCACGGGCUGCACGCGGCGGCCAGACAAGUGCGCUGCAGGCGCUGGUGAACGUGCUGGAGAAGCCCGGCCGCCUGGAGGCGCUCGACCUGCCGCCCAGCGACGCCAUGGAGCCGCUCGUGCCGCUGCUGUCUCGGGCCGUCGCUGGUGGUGGCGCAGCUGGCGGCGGGGCUGCUGGCGCACGUGCUCACGCUGGAGGCCUUCCACAGUCGUCGCGCUCAUCCGCGCUGCUGGCGCUGGAGCGCGAGGACCCGGCGCGGGGGGACGAGAUGGCGCGCAUGGGCGUGGUGGGACGCGCUGCUGGAGCUGCUGCGCUGCCACCAGGCUGCUUGGCGGCGCUGGCGCUGGGCGACCUCUUCCAGGAGACGAGCGUGGCGCUCAAGACGGUGGACCUCACGGGCGCGUGCCGCGCACUCGUGGCGCUCAUGGCGGAGCGCGCGAGUGAGGACCUGGUGAUGGUGGCGCUGUGCGGGCUGCAGAACCUGGUGGCAUCGUCGCGCGCCAACAAGCGCGCCGUGGCGGACUGCGGGCGGGUUCAGCGUGCUGGUGGAGCUGCUGACAGGCGGGUCGGGCGGAGGGGCUGCUCGCCACCUUCUCACCGCCUGCGCUUCAGCGAGUGCGCCACGGCCGCCAUCCCCGUGCUGGUGGGCGCCAUGAAGGUGGGCAGCGAGGUGGCGCAGGAGACGGCACUGAAACGUGCUGUGGCUGCUGCGGCAGGGAAGGCGGAGACGCUGCUGUCCGGGCUGCCGGGCAGCCUGUCGGUGUGUGUGAAGCGCGGCUCCAACCUCAAGGCGUCCAUGGGCGCCACCAACGCCUACUGCAAGCUCACGCUCGCCGACACCCCCGCCAAGGUCACCAAGGUGGUGAGCGGCACGUGUGACCCCGAGUGGAAGCAGACCUUCACAUGGCCGCUGGACGCCCCUCCACGCGGGCAGAACCUCCACAUCUCGUGCAAGAACAAGGGCACCAUCGGCACCGAGCUCACUGGGCAAGGCGACGAUACAGAUAGACCGGGUGGUGGCGCUGGGGAUGGGUGUCCGGGACAUACGUGCUGCAGCCAGAGGGCAACCGAGACGGCACGCAGCGCACCAUCGAUGUCGACUUCAUCUGGUCCAACCGCUGAUGCCCCUCACGCCCCUCCCUCCACCCACCCCACCGCUGAUGCUGCUGCCACUUACCCACCCUGUAUGUGUAGAGAAAGGGAGAGGCUGACCUGCACGGUGGAGAAGGCGAGUAGAGGGGAGGCCACAGUGCCCCCAGCACGCGGCCGUCGGCGCCCACAGAGGGUGGCAGUGAGCCCUCCCAUGCGGCUGGAGGCGUCGGUGGGGAUCGUCCGGCAACGCACCCAUGUGGUGUGCUGCUAUGACCACCCCAUGUGGUGUGGCUGCUAUGACCCACGCCCAUGUCGGUGUGCUGCUAUGACCCACCCCAUGUCGUGUGCUGCUAUGACCCACCCCAUGUCGUGUGCUGCUAUGACCCACCCCAUGUCGUGUGCUGCUAUGACCCACCCCAUGUCGUGUGCUGCUAUGACCCACCCCAUGUCGUGUGCUGCUAUGACCCACCCCAUGUCGUGUGCUGCUAUGACCCACCCCAUGGUCGUGUGCUGCUAUGACCCACCCAUGCGUGCUUGCUAUGACCCACCCCAUGUCGUGUGCUGCUAUGACCCACCCCAUGUCGUGUGCUGCUAUGACCCACCCAUGUCGUGUGCUGCUAUGACCCACCCCAUGUCGUGUGCUGCUAUGACCCACCCCAUGUCGUGUGCUGCUAUGACCCACCCCAUGUCGUGUGCUGCUAUGACCCACCCCAUAUCGUGUGCUGCUAUGACCCACCGCAAGUGGUGUGGCAGGCAGGGCGGUGGCGGGGCCAGAGAGGGCGGGCGGGAGGACGGAGCCAUUGGCGGAGAGCACACACACCGCCCUGCCCUCCUCGCGUGA